GCGCGAGUUCGCCUCCACCUGACCGGCAGUCGCGAUUUCAAAUUAACCGGGGACGAGGCCGUCGCGAGCCUUCUUUUUUUUCUCUCUUCUCCUCUCUCUCUCCUCGAUUCCUGUCGUCGCGCGUUUCGUCCAGGACCCACGGUGAUGUGUUCCCGCGACGCGUUGCUGUUGCUUUGCUCGCUCUUGGUGUUCUCCGGCCACCGGUGCGAGGAAAACGUCACCGCCGUCACCACGGAGGAGAACGCGCUGGCGAAACUGGUGAAAAUGUUCUCGAAACCGGGAGCUUUCAAACGAAUUAAUGCAAUACUCGGUGAAAAUUCAAUCGAGGAGUCUUACACGUCCUGCCCGAAAGGUGAGGAGGGCCUCGAAUGCAGGAGAGCCGAAGCACGACGAUCCGUCGAUUGCCCGGAAGGCGAUUGUUACUGCUACAACUGCGCGGCGGCCGGGCCCGAAUUGUGGGCCUCCUGUUGCCGCGAAAGUUUGCGGUGCUGUUCGCAUCUCGCGGCGGCCUGCCGGACCUGCGACCACCCGACGCUGUACCCGUUCUGCUCGAAACACUUCAAGAAAUGUCUCGGCGAGCACGACGAGAAGAAGCAGGAUUGACGCCGACGAAUUCGGCGGAUCGUCGUUUCUUGGACCCGAGGGGACACCGUUCUAACCCUUUAACCGCGAAGACCGUCCGCGGACAUUCGCGAGGCGAUCCCGAACAUCCUCGUCGAAGCAUCUCGAUAAAGACACGGAACACUUCUGGUUUCUCAUUAGACUUCCGCGAAAGCGUUGCCAAUAUCGUCGGAGACAAACGAAAAUCUUGAACAGUUUAAUCAGCUGACUCAACGCAUCGACUUAUCUUUUCGCGAAGCGCGGAAGACGUUUUGCACAAAUAAAUCAUGAUUCAACAGCAACGACUCUGUUCUCUGUAACUACAAAGGAAACAUAGGGAGAGAAGAAAGUAAAGUCGAAGGACAACGCGUUCGAGAGAAACGAGGGAUUCCCAUUCGGUUACCGAUGUGUUAAGUUGCAUUCGCGUCGCGUUAAUAACAAUCGCAAACGCGCAGCUUGUCCUCGUCGGGAAAGUUUCGUCGGUCUGUCGAGCUUUUCGAAGAUGCAACGGGAACGUCAGAAAUUCUUGUUUCACCUUUGUCGGCGCGUAUGCGGAACACGUGCCGACCGUUCGAAAUGCUCAACGUCGCGCGAGUUGACUUCUCCGCUCGCUUUCGUCGAUUCCCUUGCGCAACGAAACAACAGAAAAUUGUAAAUCUCGCUCGAGCUUUCGCGCUAGUCUGUCACGGUUAAGGGGUUAGAGGGACGAUCGAGACAAGAUGGCGUCUGGAACGCGUACCGAAGAGGAUGUCCUCUGACAAGCUUCGCGCAUUCUUGGCGACGACCGCGCUGUUGUUCUUUCGCGCAACGAAAACAGAAAUUGUUCGAGAUACGCGCGGUGAGAACGGGCACGACUUGAAAUCCCCCGGCGUCGAGCGGCGCCUUGCAUAAGCUGAAAGUUUAACGUCGAGUUUCUAAAUAUAGCGUUUAUCAUUCGACUCGUUAAACUGGUCCCCGCGUGAUUUUUUGUCGCGGACGUUUCGCCAGGCAGGAACUAAGAUGCGAGAUAAGUCGCCGUCCGUAAAAAUCUUUCGUCGGAAACGUGCGUCCCUCGCGGGACGAUCCUUCGGACAGGUGCUCUCGCUGCUCGGAAAGUUCGGCGAGACGUGCCUGCAACAAUAGGGGAGUCCCUUACAAUUGCUUGUCUUUUCAUUGUGCAACUUGUGGAAAUGGGUCGCGCGUGGGACCAGGAAGAGCUUAACACUUAGGCGACCACCUAAACGGAACUAUACGAACUCCUUCGUUAUCUUCGAUUGAACUCGUUCAGUUAACCCUCUAUGGCCCGAAUUUUUAUUCAUGAUUAUAACAAAAUCACAGUACAAAAUUAAUUGAAUAUUUGGUAUUUUAAAUUGAACUUUGUAGUGCUGUAGGGAAUAUUUAAACAAAAUAGCUUUGUCGCUU